GAAAAGGUGUUUAAGAAGGAAAAAGCCAGCAUGUUGGGACUGAAGGCAGCAGCUACUCGACAUAAAGGGCGUCGGCCUGAUGACACGACAAGGCCAAAAGAUAUACCCGGCUUUUCCAAAUGGAUAACGUCGGAAGUGUAUAUAGAGGACAAGAUUGCAGAAUCUUCCUUAGAACAGCUCGCAAUGAACAUGAUUGAGAACAUUGAGUGGAUCAAUGAAGCUGUCUAUGAUGUCACCUCAAACGUAACGGGGAUUUCGCUUUCUGAUGAAGAGGUGGAUGAGGAGGUCAAAAGUGAUUUGAAAAACAAGAAUUCUGAUGAUGAGGAUCAUCACUUAAAAAAUAACGCUAAAGAGCAAGGUGGCAGGGAACGAGGCAAAGAAAGUGAUGAUAUUUUGUUACGUACUGCGGACAACUCUAUCUUGUUGCUUAAAUCGCCUCGCAGAAUCAGAGAACAAAAGUCGUCUCCUAUACAGCAAGUCAGGCGACGUGAAAUCGAAUUAAUUAAGGACACCACUGCCUUGGUCCUCGGUUCAAAAGAUUAUGAAACUAGUUUGCGGAGGACAGAAAGAGAAGAGGACAGUUUGAGGCCUAACGUAGUGGUUAAAACUGAAGAAGCAGAGGAAAUUGAUGAGCCGAUGUUGAAUCUGGAAGAUUCAUUUGAGUUAAUUAGCCGAGAUAUACGAAAGUCCUUUGCGGCCAAACAGAAAACUACAGCUAUGCAAGAGUUUUUGCCAGAAAAGAGAGAAGAACAAGAAAAAGAGGAUGCUUUCAAAAACGAAGAUGAGCCUUACAAUGAUAUCCGUACAGACAUUGGCACGUCAAACGCAGCCUAUACCAAAAGCAGCUCCAAGAAAAGCUCUAGUGCUGAGCCUUUGCACAACCCUAAGGUGAAGUCCCCGGAGGAUGAGAUCAAGGAGUUAUCUAGACUUAUAGACGGAGUAAACGAUGAUUUACUCAGCGACGCAGAAGACGAAGAUUUGAGCAUAGAACUUGACAAACUGGAAAAGAUAGAACUGUCUCACCUGAAGAAAAAGCCAACCUUACAGGGAUACAAGUCGCCUAUCAAAUUUUCGGAAAUGCCAAUGAUCGAACCAUUAACUUUGGAGUCUUCUAGAAAGAAGUCGAUGCGGAAAACACUAGAGCAACAGAGGCAGUUAUUCUCUGCAAGAAAAAGUAACUCUCACCGUUCUUCGAAUACCCAGAUGACAACCAUUUUCGAUGAAGAUGGUAGUAAACGCACGAGAGAAAGUCACACUUUCCAGCUUAACCCCUUGCCCAAUGAAAUGUUUUCUGUUGGGAACACAUCUGUGGACGAACCUACUAUCAAGCUUGACCGUAACUUCACCAAAAGCUUGCAGACUGUAAAAUCUCCUGAAAAGUCAUCGAUAAGAGCACAAUCGACUGAAAGCGGCAAGCAUGACUUAUUUUCCCGCUUGAUGCAGCCCACAGAGGCGAGUAAACAACGGAUAAGAGAAAGUUCGUUGUCGCCAAAAAAGGCACAGAGAACUAACGUUAAGUCCUCGCCAAAGGUUGACUCCCAGACUACACCCGCUUCUCAGGCCGAGGAUGAUGGUCUGCGUCACAAAAGCGAGAAUAAGGCUAGCGAAGCUAGCAUGAUACCUUCUGCGUUGAAGGUUUUGGAAGCCCCAAAAGGAGCUGGUAAUCGAGCCAGAAUUCCCUCUCCGGUGAAAAGGCAGGUUCCACUAACAAAGAAGAGCUUAAAGUCGUCUGCCAAUUACGAGCAACUUUAUGGCGGCAAAAAGCUUGAAAGCGAUGCCGACGUAGCCUCUGGCAGGUUUUACCAGGAAACCUUGGGACUAUCGAAAAAGCGGGUGGUGAGUGAAAGCAAGAUCCCGACGGUAAGCUCUAUUUCAGAGCGUCGGCGGUUGAAGAGCAUGUCGAAGGGUAAUUCGAGGCUAAAUUCCCAAGUGGAACCCAAGAGCACCAAGACCCCCCAGCACACAAGAGAUACCAGGAGGGGGGCUACUAGUGCAAACGAGAAUAUGAACGAGAACAUCCUUCCCGACGUGAUCCCAUGUAUACCGUCGGAGAACGAAGCUGCUGACGACGAACAUGACGACGGGCAUCUCAAUGCACGCCGCAGCGCCGCAGACGCUGGCGACGACUGGACCUCAGAGAAGAGCAUUCUGCGACAGCUGAAACUGCAGCUAAAGACCAACCCUGGCCCGAUCUUUGGUCCAAUCAGUGCAGUGGACUGCGACAAGCUUUUCGGGAAGAAGUUCGGACCUGGCAUGAACAUAACGUGGGACAGCAAGGAUCGACUAGGGGCUGCAGAGACCGAUGCCUACGAGCGGGCCAUGGGAUGGAGGUAGCAGAGCAAAAUAAGGGUAUUUUAUAGAAUUGUGCUUGCCACGUCGUAACCGUUAUAAAUGUAGUUUAGUAUCUGAUAACCGCUAGUUACCCACCUAUCUGAUCUAUCAGCACAUCUACUACGCGUUUUACGUAAGCACGCACAACACGCCGA